AGAUUUUGCAAAGCGUUCUAAGCUGACGUCAGCCCGGUACCGAUAAACCACCGGUAGAAGAGCCUGUUGUUUGUAGCUUUGUCUGCUAAUCCCCCUAUCAAACGUGCAAACAUCAUGCCUUUCGAUGUUAGGAGAUUCGAUAUCUACAGGAAAGUGCCAAAAGAUCUCACCCAGCCCACAUACACAGGAGCUUUCAUUUCCAUCCUCUGCUGUUUCUUCAUUCUCUUCCUGUUCCUGUCUGAGCUGACGGGAUUCAUAGCCACAGAAAUUGUAAAUGAACUGUAUGUGGAUGAUCCUGAUAAAGAGAGUGGUGGGAAGAUAGAAGUGAGUUUAAACGUCAGUUUGCCAAACUUACACUGUGAUUUGGUGGGUUUGGACAUCCAGGAUGAGAUGGGCCGCCACGAGGUCGGUCACAUAGACAACUCCAUGAAGAUUCCUCUCAACCGGGGGGACGGUUGUCGCUUUGAAGGAGAGUUCACCAUCAACAAAGUGCCAGGAAACUUCCAUGUGUCGACACACAGCGCCACAGCCCAGCCCCAGAGCCCAGACAUGACCCACAACAUCCACAAGCUGGUGUUUGGAGAAAAGCUCCAGGUCAAAAAAGUCCAAGGAGCCUUUAAUGCAUUGGGGGGGGCUAAUCGGCUGUCAUCCAAUCCUCUGGCGUCACACGACUACAUACUGAAGAUCGUUCCAACGGUGUAUGAAGACCUGACAGGCAAACAUAGGUUCUCCUACCAGUACACAGUAGCCAACAAGGAAUACGUUGCGUACAGCCACACGGGCAGGAUCAUCCCAGCCAUCUGGUUCCGAUACGACCUCAGUCCGAUCACAGUGAAGUACACGGAGAGGAGACAGCCCUUCUACCGCUUCGUCACAACAAUCUGUGCCAUCGUGGGCGGGACGUUCACAGUGGCAGGAAUCAUCGACUCCUGUAUAUUCACCGCCUCAGAGGCCUGGAAGAAGAUCCAGAUUGGCAAAAUGUCCUGAGGACCGCUCCCCACUCCUCCCUUCAACUUAAAUAAAGUGCAAAAUAAGCCUGUUAGCUAAAUCAAAGCCCACUUCCUUUUGAAGAUUGUAUCAUCGUAACCAACGGCGUGGCUCCGGGCGCUCGAUCUAACUACCAGGCUUCAAGACUGCGUCUCCGUUACUGAAGAUCCUCUCAGGCUGCAUCUGGUGACGCAUGGAUGCUGACUAUCACAUGACUGCUUCUACAUCUUUGGUGUAAAGGGAAGAGACGAGGGAAGCUCGUUUGUUACUGGUAAUAUGAAGUGCUGUGUGUCAAAGUUCAACCGAUCUGGGUAUUUGAAGGCUACACUUAAAAUGAAGUCAAACAAAACAAAAAGGCUGAUAUUACAUUUUCUCUUUUUUUUAUGUGUGUAUGACACAAAUCUUUAAAUGUAUUCAAUUGUAGAGAAGUGUUCAGGUUAUGGCUGUAAAAUGUACAAACAAGACACACUUAAAUGUGUUUUUAAAGGAUCAGUUCAACCAGUGUAUCAGUCUUUUUACCCAUUCACUCUUCAGGAGAACAAUCAUUUUAUGGAAGUGUUUGGGUACAUUAAGCCGGUAUGUGAAUAGGCUGAACUUUAAAGUGCUUCCAUAGUUCACACUUUCCAUAACAACAUUGUGCAUCAUCUGAUGUCACUUUGUUCCAUCCAAUACACUUUUUUAUGGCCAGUUUCUAACCAUGUGCCUUUAGGUCACCUCUUCCAUGCUUAUCAUCAGCUCUCAUGUGUUAUUCUGUCUGUUUGCAGUGGCUGCCACUAAAACCAGUGUCUUGCAUGUUACAACUUUCUGUGUAGAUUCACUUUCUAGAGUUUAUUUUCAAACCAGUGAUCAUUGUUUACCUUUCAGUCAAUUUAAACCAAAUAUAUCAUCAAUGGUGUUAACCGUCCUUGCUUUUACUUUUUUCAUUCCUUCUCAAUUAUCUCAGAAAAUCUAGAGAAUGUCUGUUUUUUUUUACGAUGGAUUUAUUGGACUUUUGACCCGGUACAGGAAUUUGUUUACUCAUUGAUAAAGUUGUAAAGAAGAAUUGGUUUUGUAAGGAGAACAUGUAUAGACCAUGAUGUUUGGUUGUAAAAAGAUCAACGAUGGUGAUAAUCAAACUGCUCUUUCUACUGUUGAGGUCAUCCACUUCCUGUUCCCUCUCAAAGUGUUCCUCGAGUAAAGGUACCAUAGAAA